UAUGCUAACCUAGAAAUAAGGCUGGUUUUGUGAAAGGGGACCAGUUACUGUUUCCUAAAAGAAAAGGCAAGAGAGAGAAAAUGAGAGGCCCUUGCUCCCUUGGGGGCUCCCCAAAGUUAACCAGAGAUUAGGCGAAACUGAUCUCCAAGAACUUCAAAGUGGAAAAGCAAGGCGUGCUGAAACCUAUACAAGUGUGGGGUGAUGGGGAGCUUUUCCAAGUUCUCUUUUUAGGUAGCCAGGCAGAGAAGCAAGAAUAUGAGAACGCUGUGGCCCAUACCCUUCCCUCCUCUUUCUGAGCUGCCCCACACACGCCACCCGAGCUCCGUCCCUCCCCAAUGGCCAGAGAGCCAAAAGACAGGAGGGUGUGACAGGAGACACAAAAGGACCCAGGUGGGGAAGAGGAUGGCAAGGAAAGAAGAGAAGGCGGGAGAAGCUGUAGAGAGCUUUUGGCUGGGAAGUAUGGAAACAUUGCAGAAGAUGCCCAAGGCCAGAUGAUGGAAAGCCAGGUUAAAUAAGCCAGGGACACACAUCUUCCCCAGGAAGAAGAAGGGAGAAAAGACUUUCUAAAACUGUGGUUCUGUGACAGAGGGGAAUCGAUCUAGGGGAAGGACUCCAUGAAUUCUGCUUUGAACCUAUUCGGGUCACUUAGCUGGAGAACCUCCUUAGUCUUCAUUCCUGGGGUCCCAAGAGAUCCCUGAAGUAAGAAGAAGUUAGAUCAUUUCAAUAAGGAUGGAGAGUGGGGACAAGGGACCAGAACCCACUGUCAGCACUCUCGCUGUCCAGUGGCAAGUUACAGAGCAAGUAAGAUUGCCUGCUAAAUAAUGAAUAGAAAAUGUGGUGGCAAAAACAUGAGAUGAAGGAAGUCCAUUACUUGUGAGAGGCAAGAGAACUGGGUUCAAAUCCUGCCUUUGUAACUUACUUAGUGGCGAGUCACUGUCUCUCUCAGAAACAUCUCUACUAGGAAGGGCUUGGAUCAGACCAUCCCCAAGGGCCCUUUCAGCUUUUAAAAAUCCUAUGGGCCCUCUCCAAUUGGAGCAGAAUGUCCAUCUGAACAAGACUUGGGCCAUCUCUAUUUUCACUAGGUAAAUCCAGGCCCCCAGAGCACAGAGAAUAAAGAUUGUAAAACUGGGGGGCUUGCAUCAGCGAGGCUCCCUUUGCUGUAUGGCCACUACAUUUCCCCCCUCCCCUCUUCUCACAUAAAGCAGUGCUCCCAUUCCCUCCCCCUCCAUCCAGCCCUCUCCUCCAUGUUCCCUGUCUGUGACAUGCACCUAUCGCAAGCAAACCCCACGCAGAUUCUUGACAUAUUUUCCAUUUCCUUUGCAGCCAAGAAAUUCACAUUUUGCAGGAAGUGAAAUUGCGACCCAGCUGAGGAACAACCCAAUUUCUGAAGGCUCUGUCUGGAAGUAUGAGAAGAGCCCUUGCCACAAUUGCCUGCCCACGUCUUUGGAGAGAUGAGCACGUGAGCAGGGACAGCUCCCGGUUACCCUUGGCCAAGAGCCUCCUCUGAGAUACUUGGAACUGAGGGACCAUGCCUGGAGAGAGAGAAUCCAUUCGUGAGGAUCCCAGGGCUGCCAGUCCCUUCUAGCCCUGCCCUUCCCCAGUACCAUGAAGGGAGAGACACAGCAUGUCUAUUCCAUUAAGGAUCCUGAGCCCAGCUCCAAAGAGCAAGGCAAGGACUUUGAAUGUCAUGGUAGAUUGGAAGGAGGGGAGCUCAACAGCCCCCAGGCUGAUGGACUGCCCAAGGCAACCUCCCCCUUUAGCAUCAAGGACAAAGAGCCCCACGGCCAAAGGGAGGCUGUGAUCAGACCACAGCAGGCUGGGAAGAUUGACUUCAAGUCGCUCCACAAUCGGCCAAAGUUGCUAAGUAAUGGCCCAUGGAGCACUGGGAAGGGGGCUGUCCAGUCUCCCACAGGAAAGAGCAGGGUCCGGGAGAAAACCCGACGCUCUGGGAAAGGGGAACGAGGCCAACACCAGCUCUACAGGCUCACCAUCGCCAACUCCCGAGCCAACCCCACCAUUGGCAUUGCUUACCCACAACAGAAAGUCACCCCGCCAAAAAAGUUAGAGGCCGGCAAGAGGCCUGCCUCGGGGAGCUACCGCUUCAACGUCCCCAGCCUCCCAGAGCGUGAGGCCGAGCUCCAGCAAGAAGAAGUUGGCUUCAACAGGUACUUCCAGGAGGCUCCCUCCAGCCUUACCUCCACCAACUAUACCUCACAGGCCCCCACCACCACACACCCACAUCACAGCAGGAAGGAGCCUCCGCCGGACAGCCCCAGCCUGGGCAGGCCGCCACACUAUUUGGAGUUCCAGGUCCACAGGGCUGGCUCCUGGCCUUCCCCUGAGAAGAGCUUCCCAGGUGCUAACUAUGAUGUCGCCCCUGCCAAGCCAUGCCCCUUCCCCGAGGGCAGCAAAUCCAGCACCCAUUGUUUUGUGCCAUUUCAAUAUCCAUUGCAGGUGUCCGAGCCUUUCCCUGUCGAAGCUCCCAGCCAAGAGUACGUGGGCGCUUCCCUGGCAGCUCACCAUGGGGCAUUUGUCUUUCACGCUUCUUCGAGGGACUGGCAGGAAGACCCCCUGAACAAGGGUUCCUUUGACAGUCUGUCCCAAGAAGGCCGGGCCUAUUCACUCCCUUCGCAGUCCACUCCGUUUCUGCAUCCACAGACUCAAGGAGCUCAGCUUCCAUCCCCUCUGCCCUCUUACAAGGGGCAUGGAGACCCUCCCCCUGACCUGAAUGGUGCUAUCUCUUCCUCUGGUGCUAACGACCAAAAUCCAACUCCAUUCCUAGAAGGCCAAGGCAUUUUCUCAACAAGUUUACAUGGUAGCAUGCCCAAAGGUGUCACAAAGAGGCAAUCCUCAGCAAAAACCAGGAUCCCAAGCCCCCGGAUGCCCAUGCCAAGUAACGCUCUUAGAAGGAACAUACCACAGAACUCACUGCCCCAAGUGCACUUUCCAAACAAAGUCUUUGGAGGUUCCCCGGCCAAUGGCAUGAGCCCAUCUUCCAUGCCUUUGGACAAGGACGGUUCCAUGGUGGCCGAGAGUCACUCCAAGGGGGCCCAGUCGUGGGAUGGAGGCAAUAAGACGUUUACUACAAUAGACCCAAACUCAGCACCUUAUUCCACCACCACCACCACCGCUGCUGCUGCCGCUGCUGCUCCUCCUCCUGCUUCCAGUGUUGGGAAUCAGUUCUCUUUUGAAUGCCAGACUAGUGCUGAGCAGAGGCCCCAUGUUCAAAAGGGUGCCCGGGUAAUGUGGCAACAGAUUCAUCUCAACCCUGCCAUGCCUACUCCAAACCGAAUUGAACCCUCAAGACAGUUAAGCAGCCAAAAGCUUCCCUUCCCUCCAGGCACAUCUGAAUGGCAAGGAGUGGGCAAGAUCUCAAAGACAGCCCACCUGUCCAGCCCUCCAAGCUAUCCUGGGAAGAUCCUUGGGGCUGGGGAAAAGAUUGUAGUCCAGAGAAGUGAGCCCAUCCACCUAAAUGGGGGCCCUGCUGGCAUUUAUCCCUACGAAGGGAUGAAGGAAGCCAGCUCUCCUUCCUGUGACCCCAGGACCAAACCCUUGUUCUUUGGGAUGGGCCAACCUCAGGCCUCACCCAGAAGAGCUUCCAAGCUUUCUUUGGCCCUGCCCCCACCAGGGUUAGCAGCAACUUCUCCAGCUGAGUCCCCUCUGCCCUCACCGGUCCCCAAUCCCACAAGCAAUAGCACUUGUUCCUCUCUUUCGCCCCUGUCUACCAGUCCUGUUAAUCAUAGCUCAGAAGAGAGCCAGCUUCCAGUCCCUCUUGGCCCUUCCUCCUACUUCCAGCCCCCCAUUCACCCAAAGGAGAACAAGACAUUCCACUCUCCAGACCCAUCGAGGGACAUUCCCAUGCCUUACCCAUCUGAGAACAUCAAGGCAUUUCCUUUCCCUGCAGAUGGACCAAAGGACGAAAGCCUCUUUAAAUGCCUUCAGGAAAGUCAGUUUCCCAGAGCAGUGGCUGAUGUCGGCAAAGCAGGUCUGGACAGCUUCGAAGGCGAGCUGCCCCCCUAUUCCUCCCAUCACUUCCUAGCUAACUCAAUCAGCAGUGCAAGCCUGGAUCAGCUGGAUGUGCUGCUCACCUGCAAACAAUGUGACCAGAACUACAGUAACCUGGCCUCCUUCCUGGAGCAUCGGCAGUAUUGCGGUUUACACUCGGCAUUCCUGACAGACAUGCGAGAUGGCUCAAGACCCGCUGAGAGCCGAAAGCGCCCUCCAGACCCCCUGAGGACUCCCCAGCCUGGGUCUGGGCUCACAGUGCCCAAGGGAUCUUCCGAUCCCCACUCACAUUUGCUCAGUCCCAACAAAUCUGCUGACUUCAUUUUAGAUGGGGAGAACAAGGGAGAAAGCAAAGAGGACUCCUUAAAAGGAAACUUCUUUGCAAAUUCCUUGUCUCUUACGGCAUCCGAUUUGGAGAUAGAGGAUGCUAAAUUGGAUAGCCUGAUCACAGAGGCACUGAAUGGCCUCGAGUACCAAUCGGACAACCCUGAGAUUGACAGCAGCUUUAUUGACGUUUUCACUGAUGAGGAACUGUCUGCCACCAAAGGGCUGGCCACCAGCCAGUCUUACAAGACCAAGGAAGGAGCAGGACCUGAAACCAAGCCCAAAUAUGUGGUCCCAGAUGGAGGGCAAGGGCCUCCAGCCCAAAUAGCUAGUCACUGUGAAGAAGGCUACCUGACCAGGCGUAGGAGCCAAAGCAGACUUGCGGAGCAGCUGCCCCCUGAGAAAGAAAGGACGUGCAAAGCAAGGGAACGGGGUAGGGGGAAAAGAGUUAGUCUGUACAGGAAAGAACUGACUCCUGUUGAUCCCCUGGGAACAGGAGAGAGUAAAGUGGGGAAAGCAAGCCGAGGGAGGCCAAGGAGGAAGUUCAGCAAGACAUCCUCCACUCCACCUCCUACAAGGAGGCCAAGCUCAAGGGAACUCAGAAAACAACCCCGAAAAAGCAGCCCUGAUUCAGACCCCGAUGGCCAAGGCCAGGAUGAAAUAGCUAACACACAUUCGGGACCCAGGAGUCCUAAGAGGCACAAAUUUUCAAAGAAGGAAGGGAAGAGGAGGAAAGCUCGAAAUGGUACCUGGAGCAAAGAACUUAUUCAUAAAAUCGUACAGCAGAAAAACAAGCCACAUAAACUACAAGUUAAGAACAGCCGAAUCAUGCAGUUCUCCCUAGUGACACCAAAGCCUGUCCCCACAGCCAAGAGCGGGCAGUUUGGAGAAUAUGAUUACAUCUCUGAUUCUGAUGAGGAAGGAAAAGGAUGCCCUCCGACUUCACCUAGAAAAGGGCAGUUGGAAAAUUCCAGCAUCAACGGCAGGCCCAAACACAACUUUUUCAGACAAAAGCAAGGGGAAAAGGAACCAGGCCAGAGACGGGGAGGAAAGAGAUGUCGGGAUUUUCAGAAGGACCCUACUGAUGAAGCAGGAAAUAAGAAAGAGAGUAUGUCCCUGGGCUCAGAAAAGGUUUGUCAGCCUUCCCCUGGUGAUGACCAAAGCACAAAUCUGACCAACACGAUAGAGAGAAGAUCCCAAAGCACUGAGAAGGGAAAUUCUGACAAUGAAAAGGAAAGUGUCUGCGAGAUAAGGAGUCCAAAUGACUCUGACCACACCUUCCCUCUUCCAGCAGGACUUCCACAGCUCCCCAGCCAUGAGCACAGUCCAACAGAAAACUACCCAUUGCUAGAAGACUUCUCCAAAAAGAACAAGAGACAGGGCGUGGCCAAAGCAUUGUCAACUAGAACCAAGCUCCUACCAAGUAGCAAGACCAAUUUUUCACUGACCAAUUACAUAGAUGAAAAUGGAAAACCUAUAGCCAAAGACAAAACGAUGCAAAGUGAAGAAAGUAUAACCUCCAAACCCAAUCAGACGAGCAGCAAUGAAAAGGCAGCCACAAAGGCCAAAAUGGGAGGAACUCAUUUUGACAUGGUGCCACAGGAAGUCUCUGAAAGUCCAGUUCCAUCCACUUUGCAAGACACCACCCAGAAUCUUGAACCUCCAUUUUCUCCAUUCAGUGGGGGCACACUGAAGUACCAAACUAGAGAAUUAAUUAAUUCCUCCCCAGUUUCAAACUCUAUGGAUAUCAGUUACACAGAAGCCAGCAUGGAGUAUUUAAAGAACCAUGACCCCAGUAUAGAUCCUAAAGACUUUGCCAUCCCCACUGGCUGUUUUAAUGGGGAUCCCAUCAAGAUUAUGCUCUCUAGCAAAGGUCACGAUUCUUAUGAGAACACCAAUAAUGAAACAUCCCCCAGGCAAAAGGAUUUAUCAGAUAAUUAUGAUGGCAACUUAUAUUCAAAACCUUUAGUCCUGGAGGCAGCCCAUGUAGAAAACAUGUACCUGGGUCAGGAUGACACCAGCUCCAAUGUCUUUGAGCCCACAUCCUCCAAGAUUUCACCUUAUGUAACAGAAUCUGAACCAGGCAAAGUUUCUCCCCCACUGAGCUUUGAUUCAUCAUCUAUAUUUGGUGGCCUCCCUGUGGCUGGGUUUGACACUCCUCUCUAUAGCAGCAUGUCCCCCAGUAAGGUCAGUUACAUUCCCUUUGCCUGCGAGAGCACCUCCCCAAGCAAACCUUCUGAGCUUGAGCAACCGUACCCUUCAUUUCUCCAUGAAAAAGACUGGGGUCUAGAAGAAGUGUCACCAGUCCUAUCUGAUGACAUGGGCCGUUUUCCUGACCUUUCAGUGGAAAAAUCAUUAGAGAAGAAAUUUCCCAAUGAAGGAACUGUGACUCCUGGCCAAAUCCCUUUGCCGGGAAAGAUAGAAGACUAUAAUGUACCUUUUAUGAAUAACAUGUCAGAGGAUGAACUGGAGAUCAAGCGACUGGUCACAGAAUUGGAAAGUGAGCUUCAGACCAGCAAACUCGACGAGGCAGCGCCUGGAGUCUUACAGUCUCCAGAGCACUUUAUUGCUCUGGAUGCACCUGAAACAACUAAACAGUUCUCACCUUCACCUCUAGGGCAAGAACCUGAGCAUGAGAAGCAUUUGUUCUUGGCCCACGAACUCACCAGUCUUGAGGGUGCAGAUCUCAUAGCAGCCAAAAGUCACAGUGACCCAGAUUCAGGUGAGGAGAAAGAAGCAGUGGGUGGCAUGGAUGGAGACUAUGGAAGUCAUCAGGAAAGCUGGCCGUGCACCAUAUCAUUUGACCCACUGGCAACAGGCAUACCCUCAAACACACAUGAAGAUACAGUCACUCUAAAUCCUUUUGGUUCACCAUUGACUUGUCACCAGUUUCAGCUUGAGCUCCAGGAAUCUGAGAUCUCAAAGCAGAUCAGCUGCCCUGAGGUAGAAAAUGAAUCUUUCAUUGGUGCUAACUCCUCCUUUUCCAAUGUGUCUGAAAAGUUAGAGCCUUUAGCCUCUGCAGAGAGCUUGACAAAGAGCAGCCCCAUCCAAGAGUCUAUAAGUUCUAAAAACAAGGAAGCUAAUGAAAUGAAUAAACAAGAUCCCCUACAGAUUCUUCCAAGAAAAACUAGAGAAGACAUGUUUCCAGACCCACAUGAGAUGGCUCAGACCCUCAGUGAGCCCCCUGAGCUGCAAGCAUUUGGCAAUCAUUUGAAAUCUGAAAUGGGUUUUCGGGAUGAUUGUGUUCCGGUUCUAGACACUGCCUCAUCUUCUGAUGCCAGAAACUUCAACACCUCAGAAAAAAAUACCUUAAAGAAAGUAAAUAGGGCAGAAACUCCUAAGAGUACCAUCAUUUCCCCUCACAGCGAAGAGGAGUCUAUCUUGGAGGGGAAUGAGGAGGCUGGGGCUUCAGUCUCUUAUCCUCUGCUGCCCAUCUGUGAGAAGGCUGGCAAAGAGAAAGCCUCAUUAUUUGAGGUGCUGAGUUUGGCCAAAGACUCAGUUCAUAGUGAUGAGACAGUGCUGGCAUCCCAGAGUUCAGCAGUGAAUCCCUUACAAGAACUUCAGCUCUUUGUAGCCAGGACGGUCCAGAGUAAUGAGGAAGAAAAAAUGCCCUCUUGCCUCACAGAGCUACUCUCCACCAGUCUUCAAAUCCCAAGUACCAGCCCUUCUAAUAUGAAAGGGGAAGGUCAGGAAGAUGAGCACAUGGCCUGUGGUCACAAUGUUAUCAAUGGAGUCAUAGAAAGUGGGCAAACAUGUCUCACUACUACAGUAGGAAUUCAGCUAUUCCCAGAGAUAGAUGGAAAUCUGGGAUCGCUCAGUGAAACAGAAUCAUUCCCUGCAAAGCAAUCCAAAAUGGGGAGCCCCAAGGCACAAAAUCAGGUAGCCCAGCUACAUCAGAGCCCAGAACCAGGUGACCUUCACAUCUGCCCAGAUGACAUCUCACAAGACACCGAUCCUUCCCUUUUCAAUAUUGCAUCUGACUCCCAAGUGGCCAAAUUGACAAAAAAGGAAGAUCAACCCAAUAGAGAGCUAGAGCAAGAGCACAACAUAGCAAACUGGACAUUUAAAAAGCACCAACAAUCCCCAUUAAUCCCUGUCUCUCUUGAGGAAGCAGUAUUAGGUGAUGCAAUUAAGGAAACACGAGGCAAAGGCAAUGCUUGGGGGAAUGAGGAGAAGCAGUUCCCUUCUGUUCAUGAAAGCAAAAGGACCCCUGAGAAGUCCCCUGAGGUGCAAGUUUAUUCCACACACACCAAGCACCACUUGGAGAAGGACCACUGGAAAGGCCAAACAAUUUCUGCAUCAUUUGCAGAAGAGGCCAGUGUCUCUCCAAGACAGGGGCUUCAGACUCUUCCCUCAGGAAAGGACUCAGCCCUUGGCCUUCCUUUGGAGGCAGUGACUUCUGGCCAGGAAUGUCUUCAAGAUAAUGAAGCUGAAAGCUUCCUGAAAAUUAUGGAUGCCCAAGUUGAAAAAGAUGAAGAUGGUGCACUACCAAACAACCAAUCAACACCUUCAUCUUUGAAGGAAAGCAUCUGCGAUUCUGAGAAAAGUCUAGAGUGUAACCCUGCACAGAGCCCAGAGGAAAAGAACACUGGUGAAGACAGUCAUUCACCUCAACCAGUAUUUCAGGACCCUCAGAGCAUCAAGAUCUCCCUUUCACAAGCUGAAAUUGGCAAUGGCAGACACUAUCUAGAGGAGGAUAUUUUAGAUAACCAAGUGGAGCCCAGAGAAGAAGAACCAAGGACCUCCCCUAUUCCCUUUGACUUCAGCCAUGCUACAUCAUCUCCCCCAGAGAAGGACUCCUCCCAGAAGACACCAACACAUGACUCCACCAUUUCUUAUAUUCCACACUUGGGCCAGAAUGAUGUGGUCAGAAGAAUACCCAUAAUAUGUACCUGCAUGGAGUUGGCAUGCCCCCAUCACAAGGAAAACCAAUCGAGAUCCCUCCCGGAUGUGAUUCUUAGUGUCCACUCCCGAGAGGAAAUCAAAGACUACCCAGAGGGCCCCAGGAACUCAUUGAGUAGCAGGGAAGCUAAAGUAAAGAAAAAGCUGAGUUCUCAACAAGAAAUUAAAGCUAAAAGCAAUGAAGAGGAGACCUUUUCUGUAGUUAUGAGCCCUAAACUUACAGAGAUUCCUGAUACCAACACUGGGGACCCAGAGAAUGUCCAUCUUUUAGCAGUAACAGAGGUGAACUCAUUCACUUCUGCCUCUCCAAGUGUGGCCCCAAGAAAGGACAGUUUAAGAACGAAUCCUUCUAAAAGCCGCAGAAAUGAUCUGCCUGACCCUUCCACUGGUGGCAUGCAAAGCCACCUGGAUCCCAUUCAAGAAAAGAUUAAAUUGCAAAAGGAGCCAUUGUCUUUGAGGAAUGGCCAGUGGAAAAGAAGUCCCCCACAGUCAAAUGAUCAACAAGUCACAUGUGAUAUCUGCAACUUGUCCUUCAAAUCCAAACCAGGCUUGAUGAGACACAAAGCUGUGAAACAUCGGAUAAAGAAUGAUAACACCUUGUUGCCAAAUAAAACAACCAGAUCUAGCUCAGCUCCUUUGGAAAAGGGAACAAAAAUAUCAAGGCACCGCUCUAAGAAAGCUAUAACAAUGAAAGAGAAGGCAUGUAAUUCACUAAUGAACAGCAGCCCUAAUCCCAGACCACCUCUGGAGAAUGAGCCCAACACCCAAGAACUUGAGGAGGCCAGCUCGGGGCUAAGUGGCCCCAGGUUUGCAGCUUCUCCAUUGACCCAGGAACUCCUUCACUCAGACCUGGUGAAUGGCAAAGCAAAGACACAACUUCAGGCCUUGGAGCCUGGGAAAUCAGACAAGUCACAUAGGAGGAAGCCCAGUCCUAAAAAGUCAGACAGAAGGCGAAGAGGGAGAAAGCGCCAAAACAAAGACACUGUAGAUUUAAACAGUGAUUCAGAAGGGAAAUUAGUUAGGAGAGUGAGAAAAAAGCAAGUGAAAAGAUUCCCAAGGAAAAAUGUGUGCAUUGAGGCUUCAGAGUUGGAGAAGAAUAUCCCAGACAUUUCUCCUGAUAUGAUUUUAGAUAGACCUGACACAAGUUCAUCAUUUUCCAUGGCCAAUUAUCCUGGGCAGCCAAAUAGUUCCCUCUUACCACAGGGGAAGGACUGGUCUUAUUCUAUCGAGCCAUCUCUUAGUGCCAGACCAGUCCAUGAGACUUUCAAGGAUUUGGAUGAAAUGGGCAGCCAGUUACUGUUCACAGAAGAGACACUUGGCCAGAAGCCCUUCAGUGAUCCGAUGAGUAGUCAAGGGAGGAUGGAGAGCCCAUCAACAAGAGACCAGAUCCAGGUUUCAGAAGAAUCCUGGGAAAACAAUUUCCUGAAGCCCAGAGAGGAAGAGCUGUGCAGUGUUUAUAAUGAGAUGUGUGAAGAUACUCAUGGUAUGAAUGUUGAGGAAUAUGUCAUGGACAGGGGGACAUUAGAAGAAGGCAUAUUGGAAAAGCAUGAUUUGCCCUUGAAGCAGGCAUCCUCAAGUCCUGCUAAGUCAGACUUGCCCUUGGAAGCUUCAGAUCCAGAAAAAAGAAAAACUAUAACAACCAAUAGUCUACCCCAGGUCUUCUCAGAGGACAAUGUGAUGGACUCAGAAGCCCAGGACAAGAACAGGGGAGAGCAGAGUAAAGAGCCCUUCGUCAGAGAUCAGACCAAAGUGGACCUACAGCACUUAUUUGAUGAUGAUGCCACAUUUUCUCUUCUCUUCCCAAGGGACGAUCACUUUUCCCGGAGAAAGUGCACCCGUGUUUAUGGAAAGGGGCCCAAGAAACCCAAACCUGUUAUAGAGGCCAGCAGCCAGGUGGUGGGAUCCACAGAGAUGUUCUCCAUUCGCCUACCAUCUGAUCUCAGUGACACUGAUUCUUUCUGUGUCACCCAGGAGGACCCCUGUAAUUAUGAGUCCAUGUCUUUCCAUGAUGCCUUCCCAUUGGACAUGUGCCAUGGGAAUGACACCUGGUCUUUGAGUCCUGGCAUAGAAGCUCCUAAGCCAGACAGGGAAAUAGACAGUGACAACAAGACGGGCCUCAACCUCGAUGAUGAUGAAAUGUUGACUUAUCUCUGCCCAAACAAUCGGUUGGAAGCCAUCCCCAACUUGCACAUAUCACCAGCUGUUUGGAAUGACCUGGAAGUCUUGGAUCAUUGUAACGAAAUGUCUUUCAAGUCACCUAUGGAAGCUAAGAGUGAGUAUUCUUUGGGAGAAGUGAGUCCUGAGCCCCCAGAGCUGGAGGUAGAGACCUAUCCUGGCCAUACUCAGAGGAACCCAGGCUCCCCAGAACUUCAUCCCAUUGACAUUGAGCUGCUGAGCACAAAGUUUGAAAUGAGAGACAUGCAUUUCUUUAGCACUUGUGAAGACUGUUCAGGCCAGUCUGACCCAAGCACUUUAAGUUUCAAGAAGAAGGCGAAUGAGCACAUCCCACCUAACAAACGAAAAGAAGAAGAAGGGAAAAGGGGAAGAAGUCGGAGUGACAUGACCAUCAAGACAAGAGAAAAGCACUAUAAGUGUAAAGUGUGCUUCCAAUGGUUUCUCACCCUGGGAGAACUGGACUUUCAUAAGCUCACACACAACCCAUCUCCUCCCCCAACAUGCUACAUGUGUGUUCAGAGGAAAUUCAGUUCUAGGGAACAAUUAAAGGAACAUUUAAAAGGGAAGCAUGCCAGGAACAAGGUAGGCCUUUGGGCCUGUGGCAUGUGCCUUAAGGAGAUCUCAGAUGUCUGGAUGUACAACGAACACCUACGAGAACAUGCUGCAAAGUUUGCUCGGAAAGGUCAAGUUCAGAAAUGCAUGACAGGGUUGCCCACAUGCUUUGGCGAGGACAAUGCAGUUACUCAGUUCUUGAACACCAUCAUGAAUCGGAAGCCAAGGCCCUCCAGAGGCAAGCGCUCUACUAGUAAAGGGAGCAAAGAUCCCAAAGAGCAAGAAUCCAAAGGAAGUCAAGACAUCAUGGAAGGCAGUGGCAAGAACAAGCCCUUGGCUCAAACCAACACUCCUGCCAACAGCAACUUCCCUACUGUGACCACUGCCUCAUCCAGUUCUCCCAAAGUAGGGUCUCCUGAUCCUGGUCCUAGUGGGGAACACCCUUCAAAAGUAGCCCCCAUGCACCCCCAGUGCAAAGACCCCUCUAGGGAUUGCCACCACUGUGGGAAGCAAUUCCCCAAGCCGUUUAAACUCCAGCGUCACCUGGUAGUGCACAGCUUGGAGAAGAUCUAUAUGUGUACUCGAUGUCCCAAGUUCUACAAGGAGUCCCGUGAGCUCCGUGGCCACCUGAGCCAGGAGCAUGGUGUGAAGGAAAAGCCGGAAAUCAAGCACACCACGCUGUAUGCAUGUGAGCUCUGUGCUGAUGUUAUGCAUGUCAUCAAAAAGUCCUUCAUUUGCAGCACGUGCAACUACACUUUCUCCAAGAAGGAACAGUAUGAACGGCACAUGGAGAAGCACCUAGCAGAAGGGAACCGGACUUUCAAAUUCAGGGGAGUGUUGAGACCAGGUGUUGGGUCCAGAGAUGGAAGAGAGAAGAAGAAAAAAGAAGUCACUUCCCAGGAGAGCAUGCCACCCCAUAAAAAGAGAAAGGUGACACUUCCCAUCAGCCUUCCAGGACCAGAAGCAGAGGUGACACCAAGACCACUAGUUCAUCGUGUUGGCAACAGCCCUGACUUGGGUGACAAGUCUCCCCCAGUUCUAUAUAAGUCCUUCUUGGAGGAAACACUUAACUCCCCAGAAAGACUGUCCGAUGAAGAAAAACCUGAGCACCUGAUAGGCUGCCUCUCUGACCACUUGGACAAAAUAGAAGACUGUCCCCUUGAGCUCCUACAGUUACCUCCACCAUGUCUAUCCCCUCUCUCAGAUUCUCCUCUCUCAGACAUCCCAGUAGGAUACAAGGAGAGUCAAAGUGUGCCACUGCUGUGCCCAGAAGAACCAAAAGUUGAUUCCCCUCCAAGGAGCCCUACUCCUCUUUCAGAAACAUGCAAGUUGGAACAAGACCUGCCUACACUUCCAAUUGGAAGAAGCCAAGAAAUUGAGGAAAAUAUGGCACUUCACCUGACCCCAGUACAAAACAGACAUACCAAUACUCGAGAUAAACCAAAAAUGAAUGAUGACAGAGAGACACCCGGCUAUCUAGAUUCUCCAGAACAUACAACCAAUGAGAAUCCUUUGGUCAGGACAGGGAAGAAAAUCUCCACAUCACACAGCAACAAGACAGAGGCUCCAUGGCCCAAAGAACCCCAGAGAGGCACAGGGAGUAGCCUCAGGGGUGCCACAGUGUCCCAAAAGGAAAGUUCCAACAAACUUAGUUGUACUAAGACUCCCCAUUCUACACAGCCCCUCAAGGACCGAACAGCAUCACCAAUUCUAAACAGAGUCACCAAGGAUUCAACCCCACAACGGAAAACUGCAAUGAAUCAUGUCCCCAGAGAAGCAGCCUCUAGUACACCCUGUCCUGAAGAUGGAUCAAGGCCCACCACACUGAAAGCCAAGCCCAACCAGAGUCCUCAGGCAAAGGACAAUGUUGGGAGCAAUGUAAAAGAAGGAGGUUGUAGUCAACCAAAGCCCACCAGUGCCCAACUCAAAAGUGAAACAUCCCUGUUACCAACUAAGCCAGACCACAAAGAUCUUGGCAUAUCCUCUGAGAAGUCAGCUUUGAGCAUCUCCACCAAAGGUUUCUCCAAGAGGCAAAAAGAAUGCAAGAGCGUGGGGCACAAAGGAAGCUUGGUCUCCAGAGAGAACAUUAAGGGUGAUGGGAAGAAGAAGAAAGCUCCAGAGAUGGGUAGGGGUGAAGGCCCAAGGAACUUGAAGAAAGCAGAGUGGGCAAGUAAUAAUGGUUCCAUGCCAUCCUCUAGGAGGCGUGGGACUCCGGACAACAGAGUGUCCAAACCCAGACCAUCAGCGACAAGCAGCCAGCUCAAGAAAACCGUACCUGACCCUUACAACCAGAAGAAGGUAGAAACUCACCACCACAAAAGGAACACCAAAUGCAAGAAAGGGAUCUUGAGAAAAUCUUUCCGGGAGGUAGUACCCAAAGGAACUCCCUCAUCCCUCCACAGCCCUCAAAAGAGGGGUAGAACUGUCCAAGGUGCUAAACCUGCUGAAACUCACAAGUACAGGACAGUUGAAUCCCAGAACAAUCUCCUAAGCCAACUGUUUGGGCAAAAAUUAACUAGCUUUAAAAUUCCUUUAAGAAGAGAUACUUCUGAGUAAUUUAUGAAAGUGACUUGUGCUGAUCCUCAGCUGCCAUGGAAGGCUUGGCAAGGGGGAAAUGAUCAAAGCAUUCCAUUCAUCUGUGUAGCAUGGUUUCUCUGUCUAGCUUAAUUGAACUGCACUGCUGUCUCUGUGAAAUAGUUUGCUUUGUGUCUACUAAUCUUUUCUGAAACUCACCUGAUUUCUCAUGCAAAUGCUGGGACUUUGAUGUCUGAUGAUUUUCAUGAACUAAAAUUGUAAUCGCUUUGGGCAGCCUGGAUUGUCAAGAGCAAUCCCUUUCUUGCAGAAGUGCUGAGGUCACAAGGGUACAGGCCAGCCUGGGCUCCCUUGGAGACUGGGUCUGGGUUAUCUUUAUACAAAGUACUUGAAGACAUGAACUUCAUUCCACGUGCGUCUUAUUCGUAAGGUGCAGUACACUGUAGAAGGCAAACAGUCGACGAUUUUGCACAAACUAUCCUCUACAAUGCAUCUAAUUAGAAACUGACAAAGCAGUACAGUUUUGUUAUUGUUAUUAUUAUUGUUGAUGUUCUUAGAAAUACAACCCACCCAGCCCUGUAAAUGAAAUUGGAGGGAGGGUGCAGAGCUUUCUGUUCAAAACAGUCAUUCCCUGCGUAGCAAAGUUCCCAUAAUCUAGCCUUGACAUUGAGUGAGCCCUCUCGUUUCAGACAGCGGUACCGUUAUUUGACCACUGUAAAUGCUGCAAAUGGAUGGAAAAUGCCAGUUGACUCAAACCGCACCUUGAAAUUUGUGACGAACUUUUUUCCAUGUGGAAAAUGGAGAGAACUGGGCUCACUUGCCACCACCGACUGGUGCUGUCUCCACAGUCCCUGAAAGCACCGGUUUUAACCUCUCUCACUGUAUAAAGUUAGCAGCUCUAAGCAUCAGCUCUCUAACUACACAGUUCCCGGUGCUAUUUUCGUUCUUUAAAUGUGAAUACAGACUUCCUUGAUUUCAAAGAAAAAAAGAAAGUGGUGGGGAGGAGGUGGGGUCCAAGAAUGACUAUUGGGACACACUUUGGCCUGAAUGGAAAGGAAAGGAGAAAGACCAAUGAGAAACCAGAUCGUGAAUGUCCCAUUGCACUGGUCUCUCCACCAAAUCACAAUCACUUAAGGUUCUGUCAUAUUUAGCAGAGGGUACACACCCAGACUCUGCGAUCUAAAAGAAAAACUCAGGUGCAAAGCAGCCCAUGAAAGAAAUGACUAAACCUAGGACUUCUUUUCCUGAGCUCCCAGAUCAAGGAGGUGUAUUUAUGCACUGACACAAUACAGAGUAUGUGGCGCCUGGCCUUUUAAAUGAUUUAAAAAGAGAAGGGGGAAAAAAGAAGCUUUAUUCUGUUCAUGUGUAUCUUUAAGAUUCAUUGUAAUGUAUUAAAAAUUUUUACCUUGGGUGCAAUGUCUAUGUCAAAAGUUUUUAUUUUGAUAUUUUGUCAGAGAGAGCAAACUGAGCAAAAGUUGCCUUUUAUGAUGUUGUAUGUGUGCUAUCUAAAGUGCCUGUUUAAUAUUGUUAAAUAAAGUAUGACAUGGAACUA